GUUUAUGUGAGUGGGCUUCUUCAGCCUGCACAGUGCCUGAAGGAUUUUGGUGCUGCUAGCUAACCAGUAAGAUGUUCUCCAAAUCCAAACAUGGCGUCUUUCGUGACAGAAGUCCUUGCUAGUUCUGGUAAACUUGAAAAAGAAGACCUUGCUGCUAAAAUUAGCACGCUGUCACGGAAAGUAGAGGAAACUAAGGUAAACAAGCGAGUUUAGAUAGCUCACGUUAACUAACUAGCCAGCUAACGUUAGCUAAAUAACUAACGUAAGCUAGCUAGCCCGCGAAAUAACAUAGUUGGCUAACUCUUAUCACAAAGCGAACAAAAUCUUUGGUUUUAUCGUUCGAAACCGUUUUGCUAGGCUGGCUAGCCUAAUCGAACAAUCUAGAGAAUAUUACCCCGAGUAUGACUGGACUAACUAGCUAAAUUAGCUAGUGAACAUUACCCCGAUUAUGACACGACUAGCUAAAUUAGCUAGCUAGCUAUACUGAACAAAAAUAUAAACGCAACAUGUAAAGUGUUGGUUUCAUGAGCUGAAAUAAAAUCCCCGAAAUGUACGCACAAAAAGCUUAUUUAUCCAAUUUAGUGCACACAUUUGUUUACAUCCCUGUUAGUGAGAAUUUCUCCUUUGCCAAGAUAAUCCAUCCACCUGACAGUCGUGGCAUAUCAAGAAGAUGAUUAAACAGCAUGUUCAUUACACAGGUGCACCUUGUGCUGGGGACAGUAAAAGACCACUCUAAAAUGUGCAAUUUUGUCACACAACACAAUGCCACAGAUGUCUCGAUUUUGGAGGGAUCGUGCAAUUGGCAUGCUGACUGCAGGAAUAUCCACCAGAGCUGAUGUCAGUGAAUUUAAUGUUAAUUUUUCUACCAUAAGCUGCCUCCAAUGUCGUUUUAGAGAAUUUGGCAAUACGUCCAACCGGCCUCACAACCGCAGACCACGCCAGCCCAGGACCUCCACCUGCGGGAUCGUCUGAGACCAGCCACCCGGACAGCUGAUGAAACUGAGGAGUAUUUCAUUCUGAAAUAAAGCCCCCCCUUUUUGUUUUUACCCCCUUUUCUCCCCCAAUUUCAUGAUAUCCAGUUGGUAGUUAGUCUUGUCCCAUCGCUGCAACUCCUCCCCUACGGACUCGGGAGAGACGAAGAUCAAGAGCCAUGCAUCCUCCGAAACAUGACCCUGCCAAGCCGCACUGCUUCUUGACACACUGCUCCCUUAACCCGGAAGCCAGCCGCACCAAUGUGUCGGAGGAAACACCGUCCAGCUGGCGACCGAAGUCAGCUUGCAGGCGCCCGGCCUGCCGCAUGGAGUCGCUAGAGCACGAAGGGACAAGGAAAUCCAGGCCGGCCAAACCCUCCCCUAACCCAGACGACACUGGGCCAAUUGUGCGCCGCCUCAUGGGUCUCCCGGUCACGGCCGGCUGUAACACAGCCUAGGAUCGAACCCGGGGCUGUAGUGACAACCUCAAGCACUGCGAUGCUGUGCCACUCGGGAGGCCGUAAUAAAGCCCUUUUUUGGGGAAAAACGAAUUCUGAUUGGCUGGGCCUGGCUCCCCAGUGGGUGGGCCUAUACCCUCCAUGGCCCACCCAUGGCUGCGCCCCUGCCCAGUCAUGUAAAAUCCAUAGAUUAGGGCCUAAUGAAUUUAUUUAAAUUGACUGAUUUCCUUAUAUGAACUGUAACUCAGUCAAAUCGUUGAAAUUGUUGCGUUUAUAUUUUUGUUCAGUAUAAAUAUUAGCUAUAAAACUAACGUUCGCUAUAUAGCCACAAGGAGUUGCUGUUAGCCAAUUGCUUGCUAUCUAACGUUAGCUUGGUGCCAAUGCCACAGCCUUGUCUGUGGCAGCAAGUUAGCUGACUACAGAAUAAGGAUCAUGCCUAAGUAGCUGUAGCUACCUAGCCUCUUGACAAGGUUAUCUAGCAACGUGUUCUGAAAGAGUUGGCUUAGUAAGAAGGUAACAUUACCAAGCUUGGUAGUUAGGUUACUCUCGCACACACACUGUUUUGAUUACUUGUGGCCAUUCUACCCAGAAACAGCUGUUCAGUGUUGAAUGACGUGUCAUGGUUGUGCCUACCUACUCUGCCCAUAUUGAAAAAUAAUAUAUCUUGCUUUUUUACCAGGGGUAUUUAUGCAAUGUGGUAUAGCUUUCAGACUCUUCUCAUCAUUGCCUUACACUUUGAUUCUUUCCCUCAAUCAUACUAUAUUUGUUUCUCUGUAUCUCCCCAUAGGAAGAGGUAUGUGACAUGAUCAACAAGAGAUACAAUGAGUUCCUACCCAGCAUGCAGGGGGCAGAGGUACUCAUGGGACAAGCUGAAGAGGUCUCUAAAGAAAUUGAUGUCCUCAAAAGCUGCAUCGAGACAGAGGUAAGCGUCACUAACUGUUCAUGGGUCAUUGGCAUCUCCUUGUGUUUUUGGGAGGUGUUACCGAACUGACACAGUUGGCAGAGACAUACUAUUAAAAAUAAGUGUAUGUGUGUUUACAGGUGCAGCAGAAUCUACAUACAGCCGUGACGGAAUAUGCAAAGCUGAAGCAGCAGCUGGAGAGAAACACUACUGUCAUUGCCAUGCUCAGGCACCUAGAAGAGGUAUCCUAAGUAGCUCCCCACUGUAGCCCUACAGGCUCACAGUCAUGGACAGUUAUUUUAAGUUAAAUUCCGUCUAAGGGCAUACCAUUGGAGAGGCAUGCGAGAUACACUAUAUAUUCAAAAGUAUGUGGACACCCCUUCAAAUUUGUGUAUUCGGAUAUUUCAGCCACACCCGGAGCACACAGCCAUGCAAUCUCCAUAGACAACCAUUGGUGUUACUGAAGAGCUCAGUGGCUUUCAACGUGGCACUGUCAUAGGAUGCCACCUUUCCAACAAGUCAGUUCGUCAAAUGUCUGCACUGCUAGAGCUGCCCCGAUCAACUGUAAGUGCUGUUAUUGUGAAGUGGAAAGCUUCAUGUAAUGGGAGCUUCAUGUAAUGGGUUUCAAUGGCCGAGCAGCCGCACACAAGCCUAAGAUUACCAUGUGCAAUGCCAAGCGUCGGCUGGAGUGGUGUAAAGCUCGCCACCAUUGGACUCUGGAGCAGUGGAAACGUGUUCUCUGGAGUGUAUGUGUGAAUCACGCUUCACCAUUUGGCAGUCCGGCGGACGAAUCUGUGUUUGGCGGAUGCCAGGAGAACGCUACCUGCCCGAAUGCAUAGUACCAACUGUAAAGUUUGGUGGAGGAAUAAUGGUCUGGGGCUAGGCCUCUUAUUUCCAGUGAAGUGAAAUCUUAACGCUACAGCAUACAAUGACAUUCUAGAAGAUUCUGUGCUUCCAGCUUUGUGGCAACCGGUUGGGGAAGGCCCUUUGCUGUUUCAGCAUGACAAUGCCCCCGUGCAUAAAGCGAGGUCCAUACAGAAAUGGUUUGUCGAGAUUUGUGUGGAAGAACUUGACUGGCCUGCACAGAGCCCUGACCAUAACCCCAUCGAACACCUUUGGGAUGAAUUGAAAUGCCGAAUGCGAGCCAGGCCUAAUCGCCCAACAUCAGUGCCCGACCUCACUAAUGCUCUUUUGGCUGAAUGGAAGCAAGUCCCCUGCAGCAAUGUUCCAACAUCUAGUGGAAAGCCUUCCCAGAAGAGUGGAGGCUGUUAUAGCAGCAAAGGGGGGACCAAGUCCAUUUUGGAAUUAGAUGUUGGACGAUCAGGUGUCCACAUACUUUUGGUCAUGUAGUGUAUUUGUUUGGCGAUGCUUUUCCCACAUUGGAGAGUAUAUCCGUGGACGGCUCGGAUAAGGAUAUCGUCCACCGACUACGGAUGGUACUCUGACGUGGGAAAGGAAAAGCAUUGCCGCACAGUUACGGCUUGGCAAAUAUCUCGCAAGUUGGCUAAAUGUUAUACAGCUAGAAAAUGGGCUACUCCCCACUGUAGCCCUAACCUGUUCCCCACUGAUAUCUACACAUGGCCCUGUUAAACUGAAUGGUGUUAUUUAUCAUAUUGCACAAAAUCAAUGCAUAUCUCAUAAAUUUUUCUGUUGUUCGAUUUAGUUUCACAUUGCAAUGGAGGAGUUUCACAAAACCCUACUGGAGAAGAAGUAUGUAAUUGCGGCCAAACAGUUAGAAAAGGCCCGGCACAGUGCAGACUCCCUGAAGGCGUGGAAAGGCUCUGAGCUGCCCCUGCUGAGAGCCCUCAGCUCAGAGCUCACUGUCCAGAGAGAGAACCUCAUCUACCAUCUGGGGGACGAGUGGAAGAGACUAGCCGUCUGGAAACUGCCUCCUUCCAAAGGUAAAAAGGCUCCCAGGCAUCAUAUAGAGGGGGGAAGACCCUGGGCUGAUGCUUGGCCUCAUAAUGACAUGCCUCAAUUUCUUGACCAUGAAGUGUUAGUAAGUAGAAAGUAGCCAUUCUAGGGCACUUGUAUUGAGGUUAAGUAGGUUGCCUGAGGUGUAUCAGUUGCACUCGAAGGUUACAAUAUGGAAUCUUCCGAUAUGAAUAUAUUAUUUAAAACGUGUUGUACGUUUUGAUUUUAAAGGUGGUAAAUUGCACUUGAUUCAGACCACCACAGACACUGAUUGUGUGUGUUCGUCCAUCCUCUCUCAGAACCGAUGGGGAUGAAGUCGUUCCUGAAGACGGAGCUCCAGCUGACCCUGGGCGGGACCAAGGAGCCCCGGCAGAGCCCUCCGCCUUUGCUCUCCUGUGUCCUCCAGGCCCUGACCAUCCAGGGGGAACUCCAACACAAGAUCAAACUCUUCAGUAAGACUCAGUCAGUCAAUAUUUUUUUUACUGUGAAGCUGACAGAAUUGAAUUGAAGUUGAACUAAUUGAAACCACCCCCCCCCCCCCCCCAUUAUUUGAAUACAGAUCAUUUUCUGUUUGUAUUAGUCUGACUAUUGAGUUUUAAUAAUCUGGACUGCUUCUGUUCUAAACAUACACUGUGAGGCUGCUUCCAUAGCAUCCUGUUAGUCCAUCAUGAGACAGCCAGCCUCUCUCCGCUCUAGGCCAGGUGCUGCUGAAGUACCUGCUGAAGCCCCUGAUCACGUACCCCUCUCUGAACGUGGAGGUGUCGGAACAGCAAAGUGAGGGCACCCUGCUCUCUCUCCAGUGUGCCGAGACCCCCGAGGAGCACCCCAGCCCCUCCCAGGUCUACACCAAAGUCCUGGUGGUACUCAAGACCCUACACACACACCUGCUAGGUAGGCACCCUUGCAAAUAGUCCUAUUUGUUGGUCAUUUAGCGCUGGUUUCCCAUACACAGAUUAAGCCUAGUCCUAGCCUAAAAAGCUAUUUUGAUGGAGAUUCUCCAUUGAUCAUGCUUUGUAGUCCAAGACUAGGCUUAUCUGUGUCCAGGAAACCGCCCCAUAGUCUUUAUCUUGUUUAGAAGGAUUAUGGAGAGUUUACAUUUUCAACACGGACCUGGUCGAGAUCCUUUAGUCACAGCAAAUAUGAAACCAGUUGAUAUGCCAGCCACCAUUUUAGAGCAGUACCAUUGGCCCUGUAACGACAUGUCUCUUUUGCUUUGCAGACGUAUCAGUUGGUGAGAGAAAAGUGUCUGUGAUACUCGGAGACCUGGUAUGGCAGGAGAUGUCUCAUUGCAUCAUCCAUGAGUGCCUCCUGUACUCCAUCCCAACCAAUAGCUGCCAGCUUCAACAGUACAGUGCAGUAUGUAUCAAAGACUAACCAAGUACUCCAAAUACACCCCUAUACACUCUAUGCACAAACAAUUCGUUUUAAACGCAAUACAGUUUGUUGUUUAUCUCUUUUAUCAAAGAGAUACAAAUACCUAUAUUUUUGGAACUAGUGACUUGAUAUGGACUAUGUAAAGAACAAGGAUACUUUUCAUUCUGUCAUUCAUUAAUACCACCAUGUACGUUCUCACCCCUAGGUGAUCAAAGAGACGGAGGAGUUUGAGAAGUCCCUGAAGGAGAUGCAGUACCUCCGAGGAGACUCCACCGAGCUGCUCAAGUACGCCCGGGACGUCAACUGCCACUUUGCCAGCAAGAAAUGCAAAGACGUGAUCGUGGCGGCACGCAAGCUGAUGACCUCCGAGAUGCACAACACCGUCAAAGUGUGUUAUGUUUUCCUACAGUCUAUCCAUGGUCUUAUCUGUGUGGUUUCUAAUUAUUAUGUACACUGACAAUAGCCAUGCAGUUGACUCCUGAUGUACAGUAUGUGGUUGCUUGCCACUGCAACAUGUGAAUGCAUGUUCUAAAUCAGAACAUACAGAUACCCAGAAAAGAAAAGAAAUGCAGCUGGGUCAGGUGAACUGCUUUGCAUCUUGCACUGCAGGUAAAUGCACAGAGGUUGUACUUCUAACAUAAUUUCCUGCCAACAGAUCACCCCAGAUUCUAAGCUUUCCAUCCCCAAGCUGCCCAGCCCUGGCUCUGGAGACAACAAGGGCAAGCAAGGGGCCAAUAAGCUUGAGGCGUCCAGGUUGGAGAACGAGAAGCAGCUGGGUACGCAGACGCUGUGCCUGCCUGUGUGUCGCAUCAGCGAGUCGGUGCAGCAGCUGAUGGAGCUGGCCCUGCACACGCUGUCCGAGGCUGUGGGCAGCUCCAGCCAAUGGUACGCUCUCAUGUUGCGCAGCACCACGUUACCAACUGAUAUUAACUCUUCAGCUUUAGCACAGUGUUUCACUAAAGUUGUUUGUGUUGCAAAAAAUUGAAAACAUUUUCUUCUCUAAUUUUUGUUCCUCGAAGUGCUACCCAACUGUUCUUCACAGUGCGGAAUAUAUUUCAGCUAUUCUAUGAUGUUGUGCCUACAUACCAUAAGUGAGUAUAUUCAGGUUUUCGUCUUUUUUGAAUGCUGUUUAUGUAUAAUCAAUUUCAGAAUGAGCAUUUCCUCUCUUUUCACUGACUUCUCUCUCUCUGCUCUCCAGAGAGAACCUGCUCAAGUUCCCCCACCUGGCAGCCAUCCAGCACAACAACUGCAUGUACAUCGCCCACCACCUGCUCACCCUGGGCCACCAGUUCAGGCCACACCUGCCUGACCCCCUCAGCGAGGGUGCUGCCACCUUUGUGGACCUAGUGCCCGGAUUCAGGAAACUGGGUAAGGGAAGGAGUGUGUCCCAUGGCUUGCUCAGCAUUAGCAUGGCUACACACUUGAAGGGCUUUUGUGGAGGUUGAGCUGUUUUUUAUUUCCAAAAAGGAUAAUGAGACCAGUGAGAUUUGAGUCAAUCAUGUUCUAGCGACAUCUCAACGCCGAAGUGGAUGAAAAGCGAAUGUACACUUCUAGCUCUCUGACUAGCUGUAUUCCCCAGGCGCUCAUUGCUUCCUGGCCCAGCUGAACGUCCAGAGAGCAGAGAUGCUGGAGCGUUUCUCCACCGCACGCAACUUCUCCAACCUGGAUGACGAGGACAACUACUCCACAGCCAGCAAGGCCGUCAGGCAGGUCAGUGUUCAAGUAUACAGGCAAUAUAGCUGAAAGAGAUCUACAAUUGUCCGUAUGAUGACUGUAGCCACAAAUAUGAAAUUAGAUCUCCAGUAUUUUAAAAGAAGUUGUCUCAAAGGGCAACUAUCAGCCAGACAUUCUAAAAUGGUGAGUUAAGCGUCAGUUAAAGGGAUAGUUCAGCGAAAAUUGAUGUUUAGGUCAACUUUCUAAGUAAGCAUGAUUAGCAUAGCAGGAGGACAUUCAUUUUUUGGACAAUGCUAAUUAUGCUAACUCCUGGCUGUGGCAAAAGUAAACAAAGGAUUAUUGUGGAUGUUGUUACUACUGGCCUACAGACACAACUCAAGGUAAGAGGAAUUUGACCCAAAUAUCAAUUUUGGCUGAACUAUCCCUUUAAGAUUCAGAUAAAAAGUUAGCUAUGCUUGGCAUGUAUCAAAUGCACUAACAAUUCUUACAAGAUGUGGUCACUGUUCCAUUACUGAAAAUGGAUUGUUUCAUUUGCAGGUCAUCCAUCAGCUGAAAAGGCUGGGCACCGUCUGGCAAGACGUUCUACCAGUCAACAUAUACUGUAAAGCCAUGGGGACUCUCCUCAACACUGCCAUCUCAGAGCUGAUUGCCAAAAUCAUGACGCUGGAGGUGAGGGCAGGCUCUUAUUUGAUAAUGUGGCUUGUGUUUCCGCAAUGAUUUUACAGGGGGCAAAUAUUGUUAAUCUUGGUUGAAUGAGUGGGCUUCCUCAUCCUAUGGUUUCUAUCCUAUUUUGCUCUUUAGGAUAUCUCCACUGAAGAUGGGGAGCACCUACACAUCCUCUGUCAGACCAUUAUUGAGGAAGGACCCCUGGUGUUCAUUCCACUGCCUGAGGAGAACAAGAACAAGAAGUACCAGGAGGAGGUGCCUGUGUACGUGAAGAAGUGGAUCACCUUCAAGGAACUGGUCAUCGUGCUGCGAGCUAACCUGCAGGAGAUAGUCGACAGGUACAAAAAUGAACUUCUCAGCUUGUCAAAUCACCAUUAAAGCUAUUCAUUUUCAUAACAACAAAUGACGACAACCACAAUUCCAAAAGUGUACACAUUUUGAAUGACUUAUGUGUAAACUUUUGGAAUUGUGGUUGUCGUUGAUGUUUGAUUGCUAUACCACCGAGUCCUCUAAUUGGUUGAUUUGUCCUUGUUUCCUGUCUGAAGGUGGGCGGAGGGCAAAGGGCCGCUGGCACUGGAGUUCUCUAGCUCCGAGAUGAAGAGCCUAAUCCGAGCUUUGUUCCAGAACACUGAGAGGCGGGCGGUGGCUCUCACCAAAAUCAAAUAGACUCCUUUGCUCUCUUGCUUCCAACAAAUGACCCCAAUAUGCUGCAGCACUUUCCUUCACUGCUGUGGAAAACUGUUCAUUAAUGUCUUUGUUCAAGCCUAGUUGUGAAUUUAAAUGCAAUAUAUGCCAUUGUAUAUGAUAAAACAGCACUUCAAAUACAAUGUUAUGUCCAGCUUAUUUUUUAAAAACCCAAUAACACACCAACUUUCAGCAAAGACAUUCAUUCAAUAAGUUAUGCAUGUGGACAACCUCUACCACACUAAUAAUACGUACUGUACUA